UCUUCCAGCAGUCCAAGCUAAACGUCAAUGGUGGGUAAGAGCAACGGGAGCUUCCCAUUCGCUGCCAGCAUGGCCUGUGGCCCAGCAACCCGCUGGAAACACAGACCGAUCCACCGCACCUCAGGCGGCGAACGGCCAUGGGGCCUCAACCUGGGUGCCGCUAAUGUGGCUGACGCAGUGCCUCGCUGCGUCUGGUUUGAUGUCUGGGAUGCAGGUGGUCCGCCCAUCCAGUCAGCUGCGGCCUUCCUGGCCCCAAAACCCCCUUCUGGCUCCAGUUCAAACCUGACUCUGCCUCCAUUCAUCACCACUUGACGUUGACAGUGAUCCAUCCUCGGAUCUUCUACUCACUGCAUCUCCAGCCUCGCCAUCCUCACACUCACCGGUCGCUGUUUCAACAUCGCCAGCCCAUCUUUCGUCCACCCUCCAACCAACAACCCAUCUCACACAGACAACAUGGCCGAGAUCCGCCGAAAGCUCGUUAUCGUUGGCGAUGGUGCCUGCGGUAAAACCUGCUUGUUGAUUGUCUUCUCCAAGGGCACAUUCCCUGAGGUCUACGUCCCCACCGUCUUCGAGAACUACGUCGCCGACGUCGAGGUUGAUGGAAAGCACGUUGAACUCGCCCUAUGGGAUACCGCUGGCCAGGAGGACUACGACCGUCUCCGACCUCUCUCCUACCCCGACUCCCACGUUAUCCUGAUCUGCUUCGCCAUCGAUUCCCCCGACUCGUUGGACAACGUCCAGGAGAAGUGGAUUUCCGAAGUCCUGCACUUUUGCCAGGGCCUUCCCAUCAUUCUCGUUGGUUGCAAGAAGGAUUUGCGCUACGACCAGAAGACCAUUGAGGAGCUGCGAAAGACCAGCCAGAAGCCGGUCUCCCCUGAAGAGGGUGAGGAGAUCCGCAAGAAGAUCGGCGGCUACAAGUACCUCGAGUGCUCUGCCCGAACCAACGAGGGUGUCCGCGAGGUCUUUGAGCACGCCACACGUGCUGCUCUCAUGUCCCGCAGCAGCCGUGGUGGCAAGCGCGACAAGAAGUGCCUUGUCCUGUAA